UAAAAAAUAAAUAAAGAGUUCAAAAAAAAGCAUGAAAGUUGUUGUCGACUCCAUUUUCCUCUUCUCCAAGCCAAAUUAGCCAGAGUGCGCCCACCGUUUUAACUCCAGUCACCUGAUCAUAAAAUUCCCUUUCUCUAUUUAUAUUUAGUAUUUAUUCAUACAUUUCUCUCUCCUCUUUUCAAUUUAAUCUCUUCUACUAGUCACAACAAUCUUCUUCUUCAAUGGAUUCUGUCUUUGCUAAUGUUGUUCAAGCCCCUGAAGAUCCCAUUUUAGGGGUGACAGUUGCUUAUAACAAGGAUCCAAGUCCAGUAAAGCUGAAUUUAGGAGUUGGUGCUUAUCGAACUGAGGAAGGAAAGCCUCUUGUAUUGAAUGUAGUCAGAAAAGCUGAGCAAUUGUUGGUUAAUGAUCCGUCUCACUUGAAGGAGUAUCUUCCGAUUCUCGGGUUGUCUGACUUCAAUAAGCUUUCUGCAAAGCUCAUUUUGGGGGCUGAUAGCCCUGCUAUAUUGGAGAAUAGGGUUGCUACUUCCCAGUGUUUGUCUGGUACUGGGUCACUUAGGGUUGGAACUGAAUUCCUUGCAAGGCAUUACCACCAACGCACAAUAUACAUUCCCCAGCCAACAUGGGGAAAUCACCCAAAAGUUUUCACUCUAGGAGGGCUUAGUGUAAAGAGUUACAGAUACUAUGACCCAGCAACGCGAGGUCUAGAUUUACAAGGUCUCUUAGAGGAUCUAAAUGCUGCUGAGUCAGGAGCAGUAGUGCUUUUCCAUGCAUGUGCUCAUAAUCCAACUGGUGUUGAUCCUACCCUGGAACAAUGGGAACAGAUAAGACAGCUAGUAAGAUCAAAAGCGCUGUUACCUUUCUUUGACAGUGCCUAUCAGGGCUUUGCUAGUGGCAGUCUUGAUGAAGAUGCACAGUCUGUACGUAUGUUUGUUGCUGAUGGAGGUGAAUGUUUCAUAGCUCAAAGUUAUGCAAAAAAUAUGGGUCUUUAUGGGGAACGUGUUGGUGCUCUCAGCAUUGUCUGCAAGACAGCAGAUGUUGCAAGCAGGGUGGAAAGCCAACUGAAGCUUGUGGUUAGACCGAUGUACUCCAAUCCCCCUAUUCAUGGAGCAUCUAUUGUAGCCAAAGUACUCAAAGACAAGAGUUUGUAUGAUGAAUGGACUGUUGAGCUUAAGGGAAUGGCUGAUCGAAUCAUCAGCAUGCGCCAGCAGCUCUUUGAUGCAAUAACUACUAGAGGUACACCUGGAGACUGGAGUCACAUUAUCAAACAGAUUGGGAUGUUUACUUUUACUGGCUUAAAUGCUGAACAAGUUAGUUUCAUGAGGCAAGAGUACCAUAUCUACAUGACAUCUGAUGGGAGGAUAAGUAUGGCCGGUUUGAGCUCUCGGACUGUUCCUCAUCUUGCUGAUGCUGUACAUGCUGCUGUUACCCGGGUUGCCUAGAGUAAAACUCAAAUUUUGCUGAACGGGCUGAUGAGCUCACUUACUUUCCCUUUUCGAGAAUCUCUAUACACCACCUAUUUUACUUGUUUGUUGUUUGUAAUAAAAUUUUCCUGGAUUGGGAGCUUUACAUGUACUAGGUUGAGCUCAAUAUUUUUGAAAAGUUGGCCUUUCCUGAAUUUCAGAUAAUAAAACACUCCGUAUAAGAUGAGUGAAAUUGUCUUCGAAUAGAUUUUCUACGGAUGAUCAUUUUAGAUAGUCAUGUAAGUUACAUAAACUCCUUAUUGUCUUUCAAUAAUACAACAAAAUUAUUGUGACCA